CAGGAUUAUCUCCAUCGUACCUUCAAUUUCUCUCACCUCUCGUAUCUUUCUCUCUCAUCGCUUGGGCUCACCUGCCACAUUUUCAGAAGCGACUGCGGUGAUUGUUGGAGCUUACCUUACUACAGAUGGUCAUAACAGGUAACACUGCCAGGGAUUACUGAAUCAGGAAGUUAAUGCCCAAUUCCUAAUGUUGACAAUCAGUUGGGAAUUAUAUAUUCAAGUUCAAGUAUUAUAAGUACCCAUGCAUUGCUCAAGAAUGGCUCCAGGAGCUUCCUGAGACUACGUAUGACGAGUAGUAUGUACUGCAUAGGAAUCAUCCCAACCAUGAUAUUAACAACUUAAAGAGAAUGCCAGGUUGAGAUGUCAGGUUGUCCUCGCUCAUUGUCUUCACUCGGGAGCAUCAAGCGCCAAAGAGCGUUGACAAUCGAACCCAAAUUUGGUAUGAUACCAAAGGUGCUCUGAGGUCGAUCUGGUCAUUUACCAAGCACCCGAUGCACCCUUGCCCUCAGGUAUACCCAUUUACUCCGUUGAGAUUGUGAAUGUGUGUGCAUCUGGUUGUGCUAUCUCUCAGAUUCAUCUCCACUGUGGGUGGUUCAACUCUGCCUUCCCCAUCGACCCAAUGAUCUUUAAGCGCAUCCGUUUCAACGAUUGCGUGAUCAAUGCUGGCAGAACCCUCUAAAGUGGGCAGUCUUUUACAUUUCAUUAUGCUAAUAUCUACAGUUACCCGCUUUCUAUUUCAUCAAUCAGUUGCUUAUAGAUUAUUAGAUACUACUAUAGCUAUUAGUCAUUUACUUGCAUAUUUUGAGUGACUUAUAAAGUGAUAAUACGGAAUGGGAAUAGUUAAUAAAGUGGUCAAGUUAUGCUGAGUGAGUCGUACAUUUUCAUAAUGUCUCAAUUGAUAUUUUCUUAAAAUGCGUACUUUCAGAUAUGAAAUGUUUCAGUAGCAAUGCCAAUGAAAUUGGUGGUAUUUCCUUUUAUUUUUUUUAAUAAAUAUUUGAUGAAUCAAAUGGACUUAGUUUUGUCUAAUUUACUCUAUACAUUUGAAAUCCACGAGUUAUAUGGGGCUUCCCUAGAUUAAUUCUUGGCUCUACCGUUGGGUAGGCUUCUGGUCUCUAGAUUAAUUAUUUAGGGCUUCUCUAGAUCGUUUUUCUUGGCUAUGUCAUUGGGUAGGUGAUAUGUUCAUAUUUUAUAGUGUGUUUACCCUCGUCCCUUAGUACUUUUUGAUCUCAAAUGAGCUUUUCGGAGCGAUUUUUAGUACUAAUGUGCUCCUUGUAGUGUGUUUGUAGUUUCAGGUUCAUCAUUGUAGGAAUUAGCAUGUUUUUGUGCAUUUUCUACUCAUUUUAAUCAAUACAAGAGAUUAUGUACUUUCGAGAGCACACACAUUGAGUUGGAAGAGUUUUCGAGCAAAGCGGAUAGUGAAAGAACUAGAAAACCGACACUCGUCUACUCUUUUGAUCAUAACUUACGUUCUACAACUCCAAAUGAAGUGAUUCUAAUUGGGUUGGAUUCUAGACUUCAAUAGCUUUCCAACGAGUGGUCACUAGCCUAAUUCCGACGAAUAACGAAAGAGAUAUGGCGUUUUAAAGAUAGAGGAUUGUGCAGUUUGUACGCGCGCCCGACGGGCGAAUGGCUGCCCGACGGGCGAACGUCUGCCCGACGGGCGGGAGCUGCCCGACCGGGCGCGUGCCGAUGAUUUCCAGAAUUUCUCCCUCCGCCCGGCGGGCAGACCUGCGCCCGACGGGCGGGUUACGAGCUGGUCGCCCGACGGGCGAAAGGCUGCCCGAUCGGGCGACGACAACCCAAGGCCCUUUUUGCGCGGUUUUCUUCCGGUUUUUCCUUAUGUUUAUGGGCAAACUAUAAAUACUAGGCUUAGUUAUUUUAGUUGGGCAUCUUAUUUUCUAGUAUUAGACCCUUAGUUUAUUUUCUCUUAAUCUAGUUUUCUCUCAAAUUUGUUUCAAGCACUUAUUUUUAGUUUCAAUCACAGCUCCAAUAUUUAGUUCAUCCUUUUGUUCUACAUUUAGGUAUUGCUUUCUAUUUUGCUUUAUUAAUUACUUUUAAUUAUGUUUUCAAUCAUGCUAAUUGCUUUGUUUAUUGUUAAUGUGCUUGAGUAGUCUAAUUUCUAGGGUUGGGGAUCCAUGAAUAAUAUGAAGUGAUGAUUGAAUAAUUAUGAUUGUUGGCAUUGUAAUUGAUUCCUAUUGAUUGGUUUAUUUCACUAUACAAUUAGAUUUGCGCAGGUUUAAUUGUGGUAGUUAUGCAAUAUCAAAUUAAGAUUCUAGAGAUGCAAUUUGAUGUUUAGGCUUGUGUCAAUAGGUGGAAUUAGAGUUAAUACGUAGCGAGAGCCCGUUAAUUCUAAGUCUAUGAUUAGUAUCGACUUGAGAGAGCAUGCUAGUCUAAUCAAUUACUUUGUUGAUUAUCGUGAUUGUUCAAUGUCCUGGAUUAUUAUUUGUUGGCGAACCUAUGCCCUAGAUUCCUUAAUAUAUUGAUUCAUUCUUGUUUAAUUAUCGUUCGUAGUCUUAGCAUACAAACCACCAAAUCAACUCUUGUUCUCAAUAGUCUAGUCUAAUUGAUUAAUAGUAGAAAGAACACUGUUUCCCUGUGGAUUCGAUCCCGACUUCCCUUGCUACCUAGCUAGUGGACUUAGGUUAUUUUUGAUUAGGUGAUACGACUUUAGCCUGUCAAAUUUUGGCGCCGUUGCCGGGGAAACGGUUUUAUUUUCUGCUAUUAAUUUUGUGGUCUAGAUUAUUUUCUUGAGUCUCGGAGAACUUCCAGUUCUUUGAGACCAUGUAUAUAUUUUAUUUUAUUUAGUUUAUUUAGUUUAUUUUUUAUUUUUUAUUUUUUUCUGUUUUUUUUUUUUUUUGUUUUUUUUUUUUUUUGAAAAUAAAUGGAUUAUUAUUCUUUCCCUCAAUUCGUAAAUGAGCCUUUUUGGGUGUAUUUUGAUAGGCUUAAUGAUUUUAUUGGUUACCACAAUCUUAAUCUUUGGGAUUCUUGUGGUUUUGCUUAUGGUGGUUUAAAUGAGUAUACAAGGAAUGUGAUAGAAAGUAGAUUUAAUGGUGAUUUUCGAGCCUUGUCUUUGGAUGAUAUGUGGGAUUACUAUAUGUGGUUUGCAAGGGAUUUGUAUGAGCGUGAAAUGGCCAUUCAUGUUACAUGUGCUACUCCAAAUUAUGAGCAUAAUCUACAUGGUUCUACCCCCUCUCCCUUGAAUGCUUGUUAUAAUGAGGUGCAUUCUAAUGUUUAUGAUAAUCAUGUCUAUUCUAAUGACUUAUCUAACCCUUGCAUGGAUAUCAAUGUUUUGCCUCAUGAUUCCACUAUUGCUUCUCCCGUGUAUUAUUGUGAACCCUUGCCCAAUCCUGUUCAACCCGAAUCAGAAAGCAGAGAUAGCUUCUUAGAGGAAUUAAGAAGAUUAAACUCUGAGAUUGAGAUUCAGUGUACUAGAUCUAAAGAGGCUACUAAUGAGAUUAUUAAAGCUAGUAAGGCUACUCUUGAGAGAUUUAGAAAAGUUCAAGAAAUUAUUGAAAAUAGUGAUUCGAGUUGUGUUGGGGAUGGGGGUCAACUGAGUGAACCCAUAGGCAACCAAGAGUGGGAGGAACUUAUAACAGAGGUUGAGGAUGGGUUGGAGGAUGAUGAUGUGACUGUUGGAUCAAUGGAUGAAGGAUUUGUUGAAACUGAAAAGCCAUAUGUUAUAGAGCAAGUCCAUGAGGAAGUUGAAGUUGAUAAAACCCUUGUUGUUGUGUCAACCCCUACCCCUCAUAUUCCGAGUCCAAGAAGGGUUAUUCUUAGCCCCGUUUACACCGUCUCACUCCCCUUGUCUUUCCCCAUAAAACCUUUGCUUGAGGAUCUUCCUCCUCCCCCCGAAAAUCAAAAGCCCAAUGACCCAAUAGAGUCUGUUCCUCUUUGUGAAUCUUUUGCAGGUACUUGCAGUACUUACAAAGAAGAAGUGGAUGCUUUGCAGAGAGCUCUAUAUGGUGAAGAGCAUGUCCACCAUGAAUGCCAAAACACAGAGAGAGCUAUUUCAUUGAUCAUUGAGGUUGAAGAAUCAAUAGUCCGCAAAAACAACUUCCAUAAGGAGAGUAUGCCUACUUUCUCUUUUCCUUCCCUUUCUUAUUCUUCUUUUAUUAUUGUUUUUUCUUUUUGUUCUUCUUCCUUUAGGCAUCCUACUCCUUACUGGCGCAAAGCUCAUUCGGACUUUAUGCAAAUGUUGUUGUUGAUUAUUGUGCAUGUCUUGUUGCACGAAAGAUGUGCGAGUGCGCAUGACAAGCUUCUACGCUCGUUGGUUGGUUAUUUACUAACCAAUCGCUUUGCGGGAGACACAUAAGAGUUGGAGCCGGAGGGGUUCAAUGAAGAUUGAGACCCUCUAUCUCCACUCCUUCAAGCACUGAGGACAUUGCUGAGUUUGGCUUGGGGGAGGUAUGUGUUAUUGAUUUCUAGAGUAGUUUAUCGCUUUUGAAAAAAAACAAAAAAGAACAAAAAUACGUUCCGAUGAAUACAAAAUCAUGCUUCCUUGUGCCCCUUGAUUGAAAUGUUUUGAUUCUUGGUUUUUGAUGACGAGCAUUGUUGAUAUGUUGACCAUGAUUUAAUAUUCGACUAUUUUGGUGCCUUUGCAUGAGUCAACUUUGACCAACUAUUUGUGAACUUGGUGCUUGGCUAGUUGACUUGGUUAGGAAUGUGUGAUAGUUUCCUGGUGUGUCGUUGAUUUUAAGUAUUGGUUUGCAACUAUUAGUAAUGUUUUAUGACUCAUAUACAUGCACAUUGAGGAGGACGAAGGCAUUUUUCUAUUUAGGUAGCCUUCAGAUGAAAUUAGAUACGUUUGUUCCUUCUUUUUCUACCCAUGUUGUUGCUUGUGCCCUUUAUUCGGUGACUAACCAUAUUACAAGCUCGUGAAAGCCCCAUUGGUUACUAGUCCCAAGCCUAGCUUGGGGGAGCUAAUAGUAGUGAGGUGAGGGAGUUGUAGUGUGGUACUUUCGAGCAUAGUGAGUAUUGAAAAAAGGGAGUUCUUCUUAUCAUGUUUGUUGUUUGAAAAAGAUAAAAAAAAUGAUUUGAAAAAUGAAAGAGAUGAGAAGAAUAGAAAAUGUGUAGGUUUCUAAAAGAAAAAAGAAAAAAAAAAGAGAUUGAAAAAAAAGAAAAGAAAAAUUCGUUACUCUCAGAAAAAUUUCAAAGUAUUGUUUCACUCAAGUAUUGUAAUUCCAUAUCUUUAUGAGUGGUUGGUCAUAAUUGUGAAAAAAGGCAAGAAAGUAUGGUGUGGCUUGUUUUUUGUUUUAUCAUGUGUUGAGUGGGAGAGUUGUGGUCAUUAUUUGUGGUUGAUCAUGGUUUUGAUAGGAUUUAUGCUCCCCAAAGCCAAGGCUUUAAGCUCACAUUUUACCCAAAUUUACCGCACCCUUACCUAAGCCUAACAUUACAAGCUUUGAAGACCUUCUGACCUUUGUGCAUUGAGUCGUACUUAUGUGAAAAUAGUUGUUUAUCAAUGCAAGUUAUGACAUGACACAUUCCGAGUCGACCACUAGGUUGAGUGUAUGUUUUUCUAGACACACGAGUGUUGUGAGUUUGGGAGGGCAUUGUUCACUUAUAUGUUGGGAGGAGAGCGAACGGGUACAUCUUUUAUCCGCGGCAUAAAUGAGUGACGAGUGUGUGAGCACUAGUCUUGAAUUCCAUUGUGCAUUUGUGGUUCGCUUUGCGUGACGAUUGUUAAGGUGGAUUAGCGGUCGAAUAGAUUUGAUCGGUUGACGUUGAUGCAUGCUUGUUGGAUUUUACCUUGAAUCGUAUCCAUUGUUUUAAGAUGUGUUUGGGGUGAAGUUGAUUUAUGUAUUCAUCGAUGAUUUCUUUGCUUAGGGACAAGCAAAGAUCUAUCUUGGGGGAGUUUGAUAUGUUCAUAUUUUAUAGUGUGUUUACCUCCGUCCCUUAGUACUUUUUGAUCUCAAAUGAGCUUUUCGGAGCGAUUUUUAGUACUAAUGUUCUCCUUGUAGUGUGUUUGUAGUUUCAGGUUCAUCAUUGUAGGAAUUAGCAUGUUUUUGUGCAUUUUCUACUCAUUUUAAUCAAUACAAGAGAUUAUGUACUUUCGAGAGCACACACAUUGAGUUGGAAGAGUUUUCGAGCAAAGCGGAUAGUGAAAGAACUAGAAAACCGACACUCGUCUACUCUUUUGAUCAUAACUUAGGUUCUACAACUCCAAAUGAAGUGAUUCUAAUUGGGUUGGAUUCUAGACUUCAAUAGCUUUCCAACGAGUGGUCACCAGCCUAAUUCCAACGAAUAACGAAAGAGAUAUGGCGUUUUAAAGAUAGAGGAUUGUGCAGAUUGUACGCGCGCCCGACGGGCGAAUGGCUGCCCGACGGGCGAACGUCUGCGCGACGGGCGGGAGCUGCCCGACCGGGCGCGUGCCGAUGAUUUCCAGAAUUUCUCCCUCCGCCCGGCGGGCAGACCUGCGCUCGACGGGCGGGUUACGAGCUGGUCGCCCGACGGGCGAAAGGCUGCCCGACCGGGCGACGACAACCCAAGGCCCUUUUUGCGCGGUUUUCUUCCGGUUUUUCCUUAUGUUUAUGGGCAAACUAUAAAUACUAGGCUUAGUUAUUUUAGUUGGGCAUCUUAUUUUCUAGUAUUAGACCCUUAGUUUAUUUUCUCUUAAUCUAGUUUUCUCUCAAAUUUGUUCCAAGCACUUAUUUUUAGUUUCAAUCACAGCUCCAAUAUUUAGUUCAUCCUUUUGUUCUACAUUUAGGUAUUGCUUUCUAUUUUUCUUUAUUAAUUACUUUUAAUUAUGUUUUCAAUCAUGCUAAUUGCUUUGUUUAUUGUUAAUGUGCUUGAGUAGUCUAAUUUCUAGGGUUGGGGAUCCAUGAAUAAUAUGAAGUGAUGAUUGAAUAAUUAUGAUUGUUGGCAUUGUAAUUGAUUCCUAUUGAUUGGUUUAUUUCACUAUACAAUUAGAUUUGCGCAGGUUUAAUUGUGGUAGUUAUGCAAUAUCAAAUUAAGAUUCUAGAGAUGCAAUUUGAUGUUUAGGCUUGUGUCAAUAGGUGGAAUUAGAGUUAAUACGUAGCGAGAGCCCGUUAAUUCUAAGUCUAUGAUUAGUAUCGACUUGAGAGAGCAUGCUAGUCUAAUCAAUUACUUUGUUGAUUAUCGUGAUUGUUCAAUGUCCUGGAUUAUUAUUUGUUGGCGAACCUAUGCCCUAGAUUCCUUAAUAUAUUGAUUCAUUCUUGUUUAAUUAUCGUUCGUAGUCUUAGCAUACAAACCACCAAAUCAACUCUUGUUCUCAAUAGUCUAGUCUAAUUGAUUAAUAGUAGAAAGAACACUGUUUCCCUGUGGAUUCGAUCCUGACUUCCCUUGCUACCUAGCUAGUGGACUUAGGUUAUUUUUGAUUAGGUGAUACGACUUUAGCCUGUCAGUAGGCUUGUGGAUCCUUGUCACCCUUGUUGCUAUUGUCCUUCGUAUAUCUUUGCCCAUUUCCUUGAUUAAAUUAGGCACGUACAUCCAUUGUUACAAUAGUAGGCCAGCUGAAAAAGAUUUUGCGAGUCUGCAUUGGUAUAACAUGAUAGACAUUCUUUUGCGUGAAGAAAAUGUUUACAGAUGACUCAAACGCUUAUCUCAUCUGAUCAUGUUUCAAAAAUUGCUUAUACUUUGGUUUUGUUGUUGUUGUUGUUGUUGUUGUUGUUGUUUUUGUUGUUGUUGUUAAUUGUGUUUCUUAUAGCUCGAACAUAACGAACUCUAUCAAUCAUGUAUGAUUGAUCUCAUGUAAUUCAGUUUCAGAAAAGGUGAAUGUGGG